AUGGAAGCUGAAGGUAGGUUGUUUUACUGUAUCUCUUAAAAACCUCUGGCAAUGCUUAUUCUGUAUUAUGUAUUUUAAGCUUUAGCAUGCUCUGUCCCAAGAACUCAGGGAGCAAUGCUUAAAAACAGGUGCAACCGACAGAUCAAAAUGCUCAGUAGUUAACAAGCAUAAAUAUUGUAUGAUGGGGUGGGGAACCUUUGGCUUUUAUGCCAGAUUUGGUCUCCAAACCAUGCCCACCUCCCUCACACCUGAUGCCAUAUGUGAUUUCAGGUUUGCUAUGGGUAUUGCAAAGGAAGAAUCAGGAGCUUAAAGUGAGCUCUUGAUUGUUCCUUUGCCAGAACAAGGUGUGCUCCCACCACCCUUCAGCUGGUUUUCAGAGCCUUAAAGAGCAGUUUGGGGCUGUUUGCAACAGGGCUUUCAAUCAACCCUGCAUUGCAAUUUGAAGUCCCAACAACCCAGGCUUCAAAGCACAGUAUCACACACCCCACAAAGUAAAAAAUUCCCAAACUUAAAGGUAAGUUUGCCUUUAAAUACAAACUGGAUUUCUCCCUGUCCUUGGUGCCCGUGCUUUUAUUUUGGUUAUAUUGAUAUGGUUUCCAUGAAUGUUUUGUUGUGAUUAAAUGUAUUUUUGUUUGUGAACGGCCCAGAGGACCAUGAUGAUUGGACAGUGUAGAAAUACAGAAAAAUAAGAAGAGAUGGCUAGGAAGUAAUAACUAUGUACAUACCAUGGCAGGAGUUGCAAUACAUUCUGAACUUUCUCUUACGAUGAAAUUGUGUGGGCGUACAUAGUACACAGUGCAUAGCCUUCUUUGCCUUGUUUUUAAGGCAGGCUCAAGAGCAAGUGCUAUCCGAAACACAAUUUCUGCCUCUCUUUCUCUCUCUCCUCGGAAAGGCGCAAAGUGGACAAGCACAGAAAAGGGUGCAGAUGGCUUUUUUCAGAGAUCCCCAUUCAACUUCUUUAGAAGUCAGAUCCAGAAGAAGAAACCCUCUGCUGAGAAAGGGGGAUGUGAACAGUACCAGGGCUCAGACCACGAGGAAUCCAAAGAGGAAAGUGGAAAAGGAAGCAGAGGACACAAAAUGAACGAUUCCUGUUUAGAAACUCAAAUGGUGGAGCAGAUUUUCCCUGCACCAGGUAAUAGUGAUAAGAAAGAGCACUUGAAGAACAGGGACUAUCUGCCCAGGGGGGCUGUGCUCCAAGAGUAGCUCUCUGUGAGUGAAGACAGAUGUAGCAUUUUCACCCACCAUGUUGUCCCAAUGUUUUGCAAACGGGAUUGUGAGGAACUCCAAACUGGGUGAAUGGGCAGUCAAUGGACAAAUGCAACUUAAGGGGUGAUAUGAUAGCCAUGUUCAAAUAUAUAAAAGGAUGUCACAUAGAGGAGGGAGAAAGGUUGUUUUCUGCUGCUCCAGAGAAGCGGACACGGAGCAAUGGAUCCAAACUACAAGAAAGAAGAUUCCACCUAAACAUUAGGAAGAACUUCCUGACAGUAAGAGCUGUUCGACAGUGGAAUUUGCUGCCAAGGAGUGUGGUGGAGUCUCCUUCUUUGGAGGUCUUUAAGCAGAGGCUUGACAACCAUAUGUCAGGAGUGCUCUGAUGGUGUUUCCUGCUUGGCAGGGGGUUGGACUCGUUGGCCCUUGUGGUCUCUUCCAACUCUAUGAUUCUAUGAUUCUAUGAACUCCAUGUAAGCAAGUGUACAGUGGUGCACAUUGGGGCAAAAAGUCAUUUCACAUAUAUACUAAUAGAGUGUGAACUGGCAGUAACUGACCAGAACAAGAUUUUGGACUCAUCAGGUGAAGAUGUAGAACUGCUGUGCAGCAGCUGUGAAGGCAUUUUGCAUGUUAACAAUGAUUACGAGAAAUAUGUUCAUGAUCUGCCAGGAGAGAGUCUCCUGCAUGAUCAGAAGCAUGGUUUGGUUGGUUUUCAGCAAAUGUUGGGAUUGUUGAAAACCAUUCAGGUCACUACAUUUCCAUUGUCUUGGUUCCACAGACUCAAUGCUGUGUCCGCAAAGAGUCCAGAAUUUCCUGGGGAAAUUGGGCAAACAGCCCUCUAGCAAGGUUUUGGACUUAAAUAAUUGUGCAUUAAGUACAACAGAUAUAAUGGAGCUGGGUGAGUAUACAUUUUGAUACGUAUUUUUUCACUCUAGUAAUGGCUUCAGAGGCAUUGUUAAAUACUUGAGUGCACAGGCCUAUGGCACAAAUUUACAUAAAAUCUACAUGUGAUCAUUUGUAUGCAUAGAUGAAAAUUUAGGCUCACUUGCAAAAGGGAAAGCAAGCUUCGGCAGUCAGGGAUUUACUCUGAGCUGUGGUGUGCCAAAAGGAUUUUGUGAGCUCAAUGCACAGUGUGUGGAGACGGCCCUCUGCCCUAAUCACAAUCUGUUGGCCACAGCUAUGUGUGUUUAUUUAUUUAAAAAUAUAGCCCCUUAAUAUAAUCAAAAUAUCUAAACAAUUACAAAAGUUUGUAGCCCCUGCAAAGCCUCUUUCAGCCAAGUCCUGGCCAUAUCUGCCCCCCACAACACACAUGGCAUUAUAUAAGAGUUAAGCUGGAUGGGUGCGACUUGCUUCAGUUGACCUCACGGACCAAAUGAGGAGGGCUGGUGGGUGAAGUUUGGUCUGCAGGCUGGAGGUUCUCUUCUUUGGUCACCUCUCUGCUGCCACCUGACUUCCCAGGCUCAUGGAGGAGAUGAAUGGAUUGGAGCCAUCUUAGUCUUAAAAUAUCAACCCUCCACCCCCUUAUUUGCAGAUGUAGGAACAGAGCUACACAGAGUUACUUGUAGUACCAAUAGUACCUUGCAGCUUUUCGUCUCUGCCUCAAUAAACCUUAAUGUGCACGCACAGUUCGGUCAUAUAUCAGCGCUUAUAUCAGCAGUGGUUUAUCUCUCACUCUGCUUUCUCCCCUAGUUGCCAUAAUACAUUUGCUGCCAGGCCUGGAAGAGAUUGAUCUUUCUUGGAAUGAUUUAAUAGGAGGGACAUUAAAGUCUCUUACCCUUCCGUUCAAAUGUCUGCAAGAGCUGAAAGUCCUCCGACUGAACAACUGCAGACUCACAGCCAUGGAUCUUUCGUUUUUAGGUAUCAUCCAGUAAUUGCAUAACUUACUCCGAGAGGUUAUUACAGUGGGUUAUUUCAUUAGAGAUAUAGGUAAAUUCUAAUCUGGAUUGCGGGGACCUAGUCCUGCAAUUCCAUUUCAGACACAGGGCUUGUCCACACUUACCUUUUGCCCCGCUCUUUCCAGGCACAGAUCCACGCUUAAAGCACCGUGCCCAGGUGUGUUGAUGUUUUUGCCCUGGAGUUUUCCCAGCAAAACCCCUCUUCAGCCCUCAGUUGGAGUAAGUGUCAGUUCUGGUUAACUGUGGAUUGACGUUUGUUCCUACUGAGUGUUAAAAGAGUGGGUUUUUGUGGGGAAAGCUCUGGAGCAAAAAGGGGGAGCACUCAAACACUUUAAAGUGCAGAGCUUUAAAGAGCUUUAACGUGCAGACUGUGCCUGGAAAGAGCAGAGGAAAGGUAAAUGUGGAUAAGCCCUAAGGCUGCAUCCGGACUAUGCAAAUAUGAGCUUGCUGAAGUAGGGCUGUAAUUGGGUACACAAACCUGUGUAUGUAUGUUCCUGAAAUUAUUACAUUCUUGCAUGUUCUUAAACCAAAGUUUAAAUAGUGAAAAAGUAUGAUGCAAUCAUUAUUGUCUUCUGCUUCUUCAAAUCAAUGUAUAAAAUAGUAUCAAAUGCUUAUUUACAGGGGAAGCACUUGAAGUAAUUCCUCACCUUGAAACACUAGAUUUAUCAUGGAAUACCAACAUUGGUGGGAAGCUUUUUCUUCUAAUCCAAAAAAUCCCCAAAGACCAUAAACUCAAAACACUAAAAGUGAUGGAUUGCAGUCUAACUUCUGAAGAUGGUGAAUCACUAGGUAAGAGCCCAUGGCAUAGUGAUGUAGCAGCUUUGAAUACUGUUUUAGCAUUUUAUUUAGCUAUCAGACCAAAUACCACUUUGUAUGGAAUCAAGAUUUUAAACCUGCUGCACUUGAAUGCGUUAAAGAAUUUGUGUGAAAACUGGCAGGUUGUGCCCUGUGAUUUAUGAGUUAGGGGGCUUCAAAUAUGGUUUGUAUUGUGCCUGCCCAAAUUUUCCCAUACGGUCAUUAUUGUGGCUUUCAGCAAGUAACUUAUUUCAUUGGUUUCUUGCACUAGUGAUUGAGAUGAAAACAUUGUUUAUUUAUUUGAUAAACUCUACAAACUGCUUGAUUAUAGUAUGGUGUAAAACCUCGAAGCACUUUGCAAGAAAUAUUAAUAUUAUAAAUAAGAACCUGUUAAAAACAAUUUAAAACAUUUUAAUGUCAUGAAAAUGAAUAGCACGAUAUAAACGACAAAUGGCUAGGGAGGUGUAUCAAAAGAUAUAGUUAGUUCGAUCAAAUCAACAUUUGAAAAUUUUCCCCUUACUGGUUCAACAUUUAAAUGAGUUUAAGCUCCCUUUGUUCGGUCCCAGCUCCUGCCAACCUAGCAGUUCGAAAGCAUGUCAAAGUGCAAGUAGAUAAAUAGGUACUGCUCUGGUGGGAAGGUAAAUGGCGUUUCCGUGUGCAGCUCUGGUUUCAACAGAAGCGGCUUAGUAAUGCUGGCCACAUUACCUGGAAAAACUGUCUGCGGACAAAUGCCGGCUCCCUUGGCCAGUAAAGCGAGAUGAGCACUGCAACCCCAGAGUCGUUCGUGACUGGACUUAGCUGUCAGGGGUCCUUUACCUUUACCUUUAAGGCAAAUUAACAUUCAUUAGCAUGAGGAAGGAAACUUCAUAAUUGGCAUAUGUUGUCUGAUUGGCUUUUGAGAAGCAUGGGCAGUCUCUCAAGAUGUGUGAGGUAUUGACUGGUUCAUGUUUGUUACAGAAGGAUAACCUUUUUCAAAUCCUAAAGGGGUUAAAUUUUAAAAUGAGAUAUGUGUAGUAUCUCUUCCUCCCUCCCUCCCUCUGCCCACCUCCCAUUAAGAGAGAUGCAUACAUAAAGGUUAUGUGGUUAUUCUGGGGAGUCCAGACAACAUCCAGAUAACAACUACAUCUUGGACAUGACCUUAAAAAGAAUAUUUAGAAACUGGAUAAAUGAAAUUAUUGCCCAUUUAUUUAUCAUGAGGCAAAUAAUAUUUCCUUUUUCGAUUGGAUUUAGAACUACCUUCUUGUUUUGUUUUAAAUUCCAAGUACCCUGAUUUCCUAAUAAUAAACCUAUUUUAAAUUUAUUACAUUUCUCUUCCAUUAUCUGCUCUGAAUAUGUUGUGACCAGUUCAUCCCUUGGCUUCUUUUCAGCUCGGCAGCUCUACAAAAUCCACAGCCUUGAAGUACUGGAUUUGUCAAUUAACAAAAAGAUAGGAUAUAGCCUGGAGAGUAUUGCCCAGGAAUUAAAGCAUGUCUCAGGACUGAAAGUACUUAAUCUGAACAGGUGUGGGUUAAAACUAGAUGGAUUCAAGUGUUUAGGUAAGUUGGUUGGCAUCUGUCAAGGGUGUGUCUUCGGGGGUGAAGUGCAGGUGAUGAUUUGGUAGCUGGGACUUGUAAUAAUGAUACUUAGCAUGUGCACAGAAUUUCUGACUGUUCAGAUGCAUUAUCUUCUUGCAAUCCUUACAGCAACCCUGUAAGGUACAUGAAUAUUAUUCUGCAUUGCAGGGGGUUAGACUAGCUGACCCUUGAGUCCCUUCCAACUCUGAGGUUCUAUGAUUAUACCUCUAUUGCAGAUGGGAAACUGAAGCUGUGUUCACAGUAGACCUUUAAAGUACUUGAAGAACAUUUCCGCCCUCAAAGAGUUCGCCCCUCACAGAGCUACAAUUCCCUGCAACGCUUAACAAACUACAGUACUCAGAAUUCUUUGAAUGUGCUUUAAAUAUAUUCUGCGUAUGCAUUUGUCAACAUCUAUAACUGGAAAUUUUGAAUUAAAUGUGAAUUAGAAAUGUAUGCACACCUACAAAUCCAAAUUAGGGCAAAAAUGCUAAAAAAUAUUUUCCCAAAUGUGCUUCAGGUCUACUUAUCAAUCAGAUUUUGGGCAGUAUUAUAAGUGUAAUUUGAAAACAUUUGUAAUUAAAAAUAUCAAAUUUGAAUUUUCAAAUUGCCAAAUUUCAACAUCAUUUGAUUUGAUAUUUUUUUUUUGCCAGCCUCUGCCAAUGAAGAGAAGGAAUGUGCAAAAGGACUAAAGGAGGCUAACAACAGAUUUCCUUGAUGGCAAAUUGAUUAUUGACAAGUUGUCUUCCUGUGCCUAUUUUAUUUCAGCUAGUGCCUUGCAGCACCUGCUGGAACUAAGAGAAUUAGAUCUGUCAUGUAAUAAAGAGAUUGGAGGAGGUUUCAAGUACUUAGCAGCUCAUUUGGCCGAGCUAAGGAACCUAGAAGUCCUGAAUCUUCAUCAGUGCUGUAUUACAGAAGAGGACACGACUGUUUUAAGUAAGAUAUUGCAGAAUCAUUUAAUCGUAGAAUCGUUUUUGCAAAAUCAUUAUGUGGAAUAUUUAAUUGGAAGAUUAUCAUAUCUUCAAUCAAUCAAUCAAUCAAUCAUCUCUCCCACUAGCUCAGAAAUACCUCUGGCCCUCCAGAUGUUGCUGGACUACAAAUCCCAUAAUAUCAGAAUGUUCAUUAGCUAUGUUUGCAUGCGCUGAUGUGAGCUGGAGUCCAACAAUAUCUAGAGGACCACAUAAGGAGCACAUCCUUGGGGAUCCAUUCUGUGGACAUGACCAAACCAGCAAUGUCUUUGAUUAAAGUUACAGCAAGUUUAGCCAACAAGGUGCCCUCCAGCUGAUGUUGGUUAACAACUCACAUUGUCCCUGACUGUUGGCAAUGCUACAUGGGAGUGAUGGCAGCUGAAGUCCCAUAAUAUCUGGAAGGCUACUACUUGGCAAAAUAAUAGGUAUUAUAAUAGGCAAUAUAAGCAGCCCAGCCCAGUAUUGUCAGGCACCAGCUCCCCGGGUUCUCCAACAUAUUUUCUAACUUGCUGCUAUGCCUAGGUACAACUUAGUCUUCCCCUUCCCCACUGCAUUUCAAGUCACAUUUGCACUUGGGUGUGUUCACAUUGCCACCUUGGAUCACACUGACAUUGGCUUUUUUGGUGCGUUCCACAGUGCUUGCCCACUGCGUUCCACAAUGCUGUUUCCAUCAACAUGGCUUAAUUAGUGUCAGGAUUUCUGUUUUGUGUACAAACCAGGAGGCCACAAUUCUUUAAGUUCCCUGAGGAGAGUUUGGGGGAAGCUGUGACUGUUUAAAGUGGUAUGAUGCUGCCUUAAAUGUAUAAUGCAGAUGGGGCCUAAGUGUAUGCUUGGUGGUGGGAGCAGGGUUGGCCACUCGUGCGUGUGUAUAUAUAGAUAUACACACAAACACUUCUGCAAACUUCAGAGUUCACCCAAACAUUACGAUAUCCACUUCUUGCUUCUUGGUGGGACUGUUUUGCUACAAAGCUGUUGGCACAGUCUGAUGAAGUUCAUCAUCCAACGAAAUGUAAAUAGUACUUCUAAAAUACGGAGGCAGCAGGUGGCAUCUGUGAAAAAGUAGUGCCCGUUCUAAGCUUGUGGCUGCUGCAACAUGUGGGUGCAUGAUCUGAAAACAGCAGCAAAAUUCUUUUUGAUUCAAAAGUAUAUUCAUAUUCAAAUUUAUGCAUAUUUAAUCAAUCAAUUGGUUAAUAUACUAAAACUGACAGUUUAUUGGCUAAGGUUUAUUUAAUUUAGUGGCAUCACUGGAUUUGAUGGAAUUUGAUCGUUCUUCAGUUUUCAGAUAACAUAGUACAGUGGUGCCUCGCAAGACGAAAAGAAUCCGUUCCGCGAGUCUCUUCGUCUUGCGGGUUUUUUCGUCUUGCGAAGCAAGCCCAUUAGAGGUUUAGCGGCUUAGCGCUACAGUAUUAGCGGCUUAGCCGGCUUAAAGAUCAGCUGAUAAGCGGCUUAGCAUCAGCUGUUAAGCGGCUUAAAGAUCAGUUGAUAAGCGGCUUAGCCAUCAGCUGUUAAGCGGCUUAAAGAUCAGCUGAUAAGCAGCUUAGCAUCAGCUGUUAAGCGGCUUAAAGAUCAGCUGAUAAGCGGCUUAGCCAUCAGCUGAUAAGCGGUUUAGCGGCUUGGGAAAAGGGGGGGGGAGGAAAAACCCCCCGCAGGAACUCGCAAGACAUUUUUGUCUUGCGAAGCAAGCACAUAGGAAAUUGCUUUAUGGUUAGCACCUCCAAAACGGAAAACCCUUUCGUCUAGCGGGUUUUCCGUCUUGCGAGGCAUUCGUCUUGCGGGGCACCACUGUAUAUUAAUAUCCAAGAAAAGGGAGUGAUAGAGAUGAGCGGAAGGAAGGGACAUACUUGAAUAUUUUCAGCUCCUUUAGGUUGAUUGUGGAGUUGAUGUUUACGAUGUUGCAGCUGUACUAUCCUUUGAUCUUUUUGCAGCCCAUGUAAUUCCCCUUUUGUCGAGUCUUCAGGACCUGGAUUUAUCAUUAAAUAAAAGCAUCGGGAAGUCUUCCGACCACCUUCUUAGCAGACUCCGUUUUUUACCAAAACUGAAAUCUGUGCUUCUCAGCAAUUGUUCUUUAAAGCAUGAUUCAUUUGCAUCUUUAGGUAAGAAUAUGCCUUAAAAUGAUUCUAGCUUUCCUUAUCUAUGUCUCCAUCUUACCAAUCCACAGGGCUAGUAUAUCAAUUGGGCAUGAAUGUCAAAUGGAAACAGACAGUAAUUUGAAUAAACAUUCCUGGGAAUAUUUAUCAGGAGGUGCAUUACAGAGCCAUCUACUUUCAUUAGGUCUGAUAUAAUGAAAUGUAUGGAAAGGGGAACAGAAGUUCAAUUUCUAUGCAGAGAAUACAUUUCAUUGAAGGGCUUCUCAGUACUGAAAUAACCACCUUCCAUUAAAGAUCUUUUGCUAGACAUAGAGCAGUAUAAGAUAAUACUUAAUUGUAGUAUUCUCAUUCCCUCAUUCUCAUUCUCUCUUUCCCAGAUGGCUUUGCUAUUUUUUUGUUUAUUCAUUAUUCAGACAUUCACUCAAGAAAUUAUAUCCAACUCUUCAAAUAGGUUUCUAGUGGCAGCUCAGAGUACUAAAUCAAAAGCACAAUGAAAGCUUUGAAAAACGUAAAACACUACAAACCAAGAGCAGCAGCAUGCUUUGCCACUGUCCAAAGAAUCUCUUUCAACCCCUUUCUUCUAGUCUCCAGACAUCAAGAGCUAUAUUUUUUGUGAUCUCGAGUCCUGCUGACAGUUAAUUAUAGAAGUUGGCAACUUCUUUUCUUUUUCUUCGUUUAACUGUGUCCUGUAAAGCAAUAUGAGCUCUUUCUUAAGACAUAAUUGCAUCGUUUAUUGAUUCCCAAAUUAACAAAAACAUUGCUCCUUUGUCAGAAACACUGUAGGCUUGUUCCUAUCUUUGUUUCACCUACAAGGCUGAUUCUUUUUGAUCUUCCUAUAACAAAGCUAUAAUAAAGUUGUUCUCUUAUCCAAAUAUCUGUACUGUGGAAAAGGAGCAACACAGAGUGAAAAUUAGGCACAUCCAAGUCCCAUUAAAAUCAGUGGAACUUUAUGCACAUAGGUAAUGCUUAUCUGUGAUGCAGUUUAACACAUGCACACGUAGCUUCCUCUAGAUUAUGUCCAUGAUGUGCACUUCAUAUGGUGGUCACUUGAAACUGCACCCUUGGCAGCUACAGUAUCUACAGAGAAGCUUGUCAUACAAACUGGGAUAUUUUCUCUGCAUCCUUUGACAUUUGAUGCAAUAAAGAGAAAAUCCCUUGGCCUGUGUGACAACCUGCAGCUGGAUGGAGACUGCUAAUACAGAUGCAGUCUUUACACUGACCUUUGACACCUGAGAUGUGUGUUUUCAAGACCCUCCCUAUUCUUUUGACUGUAAUCUGAUUUAACGUUCUGAAUUCUGAAUUUUAAAUUUUUGUAACCCUUGCCGGGACCUCCGCAUUGUGGACACUUCCAUAUGUUUGUAGAAAUCUUAAUUUCAAGGAAAAAAAAUAUGCAGUUGUUUCUAUCAGAAAGAUUUUAGCACACUUGUGGCCAAAGCCCUGUGCACUCUUCCUUGAGGAUAACUCCCAUUGAGGGCUCAGUGGGACAGUUCCAUGCGCACACAUAUAUGGUUAGGUUGCACAUCCCUCACUGAAAGUAAUUGGAGGUUGAAUGUACUCAACAUUGGAUGGAUUGUAUCCCAUGUGUUUUUUCUCAAUGUUUGAACAUGGUUUAGGGGAGGUCCCUCUUAGAAAAGUAUAGGAAAAGCACAUUUCUGAUUGCCAAUACAGAGCCCAAAUCGCCAGGGAGGUUUGCUGCAUAAGCAGCUGUGCAUAAGCAGUUGUGUUGCUGCUCAGCUCCCAUUAAUUUCACAUAACUUUUGCAGGUAGGCCUCCUGGUUGUGAACAGAGAAUGCUUGGAGGUACAUUGUGCAGCUCCUCUUGGCACCCUUCCUGCACGAUUUCUUUCAGGAAAAGCUCAGUCACAUAGAUUUGCUUUAACCACAACCAUGUGCCCCAGUACAGCACUCUGCUUUUCCACUGGAAUAAAUGACAACCAUUUAUAUGCAUGGGAGAAUUGCAUUCAAUGAUUCCAGGGGGAAAGGAGUCAAACCUGCCCUUUAGGGGGACUCCUAGCUGCUGGGACUCAAGUCACUUGAACUUCACAGACCCAUUCUGGGUUUUGUUUCUUGGUAGCACUGAAGUGUGAUAGAACGUUGGAAAGAAUGUUGUAUACGGUCUGAUCUAUUUUGAAGAUACGCAGCUGGGUGCAGAGGGUUGAAUGGCAUUGGACCAGGCCUAUUUAUUUCAGUAAGCACAAGAUGUUGUUGCUAAUCUUUUCAGCUGAUGCUGCCCUUCACCUUCCUGAACUGGAGAUAUUAGACCUUUCUUGGAAUAAAUGCGUUGGCGGGAACCUAAAGCUGAUUUUGAAAGCGCUAAACCUUGGAGCUGAGAUCAAAGUGUUAAGACUAAGCAGCUGCAGCUUGGUGGAUGAGGACCUGGGUGGCCUUGGUUGGUAUAAAAUUGUAUUUCCCUUCUCCUUAGUACUCCUUGUUUUCAGACCACACGUCAGAGCUGAUUUGUUCAUUGGACAUGAGAGACCUUUCCACAAAUGGAAGGAAAUCUGGCCAGUAGUAUAUUUUCAAAUGGGAUAUUUCACCAUGCCUAUUUGCUUUAUAGUGGACUCAACUCAGUGGACUAUUGAUCAUGGACCAAGGUGGGAGAUAUGAAAUAAAUGUAUUUUACCAAUGCUUAUGCAGAGCAAAUAAUGCCAGGUGAUACUCACUAUAGGCUUAUGUAUUAUUUAUUAAAUUUUUAAGUCUCCCUGUCUUGCCCAAGGCAACCCAAAGCAACUUACAACCAAACAACCCCACAUAGGUACAUACAUUAAAACCAAGUGGUGGAAGAAAUACAUUAAAAACAUCCUACUUCUAAAAGGCCAGAGAUAGUUACAGAGGCAAGUUUUUGCCUGGCACCUAAAGAUAUACAGCCAUACCUUGGUACUCGAAUGGCUUGGCUCCUGAACAAAGCAGCUCCCAAACGCCGCGAAGUAAGUGUUCCAGUUUGCAAACGUUUCUCAGAAGCCGAACUUCUGACGCGGCUUCUACUUGAGUGCAGGAAGCUCCUGCAGCCAAUCGGAAGCCGCGCCUUGGUUUUCGAACGGUUUCAGGAGUCGAACGGACUCCCAGAACUGAUGAAGUUCGAGAACAAGGUACCACUGUAUAACAAUGGCGCCAGGCCGGGCAAGCAUCCCUGGGGAGAGCAUUUCACAAUCUGGGAGCCACUGCAGAAAAGCCUGUUCUUGUGCUGUCACUCUCAGGACCCUCUGGCUUGUCCACACAAUGCACUGAACAUAUAUACAAGCUGUCUAUGCAUGUACAGAUGUUUAUGUGAUAAUGUGUACACUUGUUAAUUUGUACUGCUGUAACUUUGUACAUACGUACACAGACUCUACACCCAUUGAACAUUUCAUGUGAAUAAGUACAGUGGUACCUCGGGUUACAUACGCUUCAGGUUACAUACGCUUCAGGUUACAGACUCCGCUAACCCAGAAAUAGUGCUUCAGGUUAAGAACUUUGCUUCAGGAUGAGAACAGAGAUCAUGCUCCGGCGGCGCAGCAGCAGCAGCAGGAGGCCCCAUUAGCUAAAGUGGUGCUUCAGGUUAAGAACAGUUUCAAGUUAAGUACGGACCUCCGGAACGAAUUAAGUACUUAACCUGAGGUACCAUUGUAUGAGUGUACAACUUACCUUUGGUGAACACAGGUACACAGGCUUUACACUCAUCCAAUGUAAUGCAUGAACACCCCAAUCUCAUUUUUCUCUAUGAUUUUUCUCCUUCCAAAGUACCACUCCCUUUUUUUCUGAUACAGAAGUCCCUUCACCACUUGAAAGCAUGUACAGUAUAUUUUGAAAACCAAUGUUACCUACAAUGAUGAACUGGUUGCUUCUUUCAGGCCUGGUCAUCCAAGCUGGGCAUCUGGCUCAACUACAAGAACUGGACCUUAGUUAUAACAACCAGAUCUCUGACCAAGGAUGGGCAAUGUUCUAUCAAGACAUAGUUGGCCUUGAGCAGCUUUCUGAACUGGAUGUCAGCCGCCGUCCGUCGUCACGUGGCAACUGUGGCGAAUGGUUGGGCAAACUUUUGGCAGCACUGCUGAAGCUGCCCCAGUUCACGGAGCUCGGGCUGCAAGGCUGGGUUCUUUCCGAAGUUCAGCAAAAGCAACUGGAACAUUUUAAUCGGGACAAUGAACGAAACGUUCGCUUUGAUGUUUGGUAUGGAGCAUGA